AUGUUGCUUUUAAAUCAAAAUGAUGUUUAUGUCUUGGACUCUACAAAGUCGGGAUCACAACUUCGCACGAAAGAGGCUGGGUUCUACGGGAGAAUACUUCAACCACUCUUUGAUGAUCUCUUUCUUGUAAAACACAAAUAUGUUGCGACUACUUCGUCGGUUUCCAUCCAUGAGUUUUCGUCGACUUUGCAGAGCAACGGUAGACCGAUUUUGAUGAUCAUCAUCGCUGGGGAUACCUCCAUUAGCGAGUUUGUCAACUCACUUUCAAAGGUGGAUAUGGGGCAAAUAAAAAUAUUUGUUGUGCCUGCUGGAACGGGAAAUUCACUUGCGCUUUCUCUUGGGAUUAUUGAUGAGCGGAUAGCCGUACAGAGAUUAUUUCAGUAUGAUGAAGAAAGCACGAGGCCAUUGAAUCUAUACCAAGCAAAAUUCCCACUUGGCUCAUAUUUUUUUAAGAACACAGACAGGCAACAACUUCUACCGAACAUCGUAUUGUUUGUCGUAGUCGCCUCGUGGGCUUUCCAUGCCUCAUUGGUGGCCGACAGUGAUACAGAGGAAAUGAGGAAGCAUGGGACAAGUAGAUUUAAAGUUGCUGCUCAUGAAAAUUUGAAACAGCUUCAAGAGUACAGAGGUGAUGUGGUGAUCAGUGAUGAUACGGGCUCAAGAAUCACUCACAAAGGUCCGUUUGCAUACUUGGUGGUGACGCCUUCUCAAAAGUUCGAGCCUUCUUUUCAAAUUCUGCCCAAAGGUGACAUAUUCAAUUCUGAUUUAUAUCUUGUUGGUUUUCAAACGCAAAAUAAUGGCAACUACAUUUUGGACAUAAUGAAGGAAGUCUACAAUGACGGAAAUCACAUCACCGAUCAAAGAGUUUUUUAUGACAAAGUGGACAAGCAUCUGAGGAUAAGAUUGACACUAGGUCCGAAUGAGACUAUCAGCAGAAGACGCUUUUGCAUCGAUGGUGCUAUUGUGAUUGUUCCGAACAACGAGGGGGACUAUGUGACGUUUAAAAAUCAUGGAAGCCACGUUAAUGGAUGGAAUAUCCUCAUCGUGAACUGA